AUGGGUGACGACGAUGGAUCUUUAAGGUACAUGGUCCGUGGAUACUCCCGAGAUCUACCAAUUAGGAGGCCGACUUCGCCCAUAUUAGAUGAGGACCAAGUGAGCGAUUCGCUAAGAAAUGUCCCCUUCCUCGUCUCCGAAAUCCCGGAAAAAGGCAUGGGACUCGUUGCUGCACGCCUCAUCGCCACGGGCGCCCCGUUCUUUACUGAGCGGCCGCUGUUUACACAGCCUUCGGCAUGCACAAACUCGACCAUCCUUGGUGAGCUCGCGCUUCACACUCGCGAUGAGCAGCGCGAGUUCUUCUCUCUCAGCAACAAGUACAAGAGUGGCCGGAAGGUGUUACCUGGACUGGGAAUCUUCAGGACAAAUGCUGUCCCGUGUCCGAUUAUGAAGGCCAAUUGCGCCGAGGAGAGGCUUGGUCUAUUUUUUGCUGCAGCACGGCUCAAUCACUCGUGCACACCAAAUGUUUCACGGGUAUGGGAUUCAGAAGAGCAGGUAUUGAAGUUCUAUGCGUUGCGACACAUUGGGCCCGGAGAAGAGCUGUGUAUCAGCUAUCUGGAUGUGCUCGAGACACGAGAUGAGCGACGGGCAGAGCUGUGGAGCCACUUUGGGUUCGAAUGUGCGUGUUCAGUGUGCACAUUGCAGGGAACUGCGUUGGAGGAAAGCGAUUAUCGGCGCGCGGCGAUACGGAGGUUGUACAACGAGAUGUGCACUUGCACGAACGAGCCAGAAAUUGGUAUACAGAAGGCAAGUGGCUGGCUCAACAGUGUCGUAGAAUUGCCUGAAUAUUCAAUGAUCAUCAGGUUCAACUGGCCCUGCAGCUCUUGA